CGCAACUUAUGAUUUGUUUUAUAACUGAUUCUAAUAACAAUGGCGGGCUGCAUGACUUAAAAAAGAUGAAGGUGAAAGUAAAAAGCUGGACGGCUGUAGCCACAUGGCGAUGGAUUGCCAAUGAUGAUAAUUGUGGAAUUUGUCGUAUGGCAUUUGAUGGUUGCUGUCCUGAUUGCAAACUUCCUGGCGAUGACUGUCCCCUUGUAUGGGGUCAGUGUUCUCACUGCUUCCAUAUCCACUGCAUAGUGAAAUGGCUCAACUCACAACAGGUCCACCAAUUGUGUCCUAUGUGUCGACAGGAAUGGAAGUUCAAAGAAUGAAUGAGACUGGUUUUAGCAGAACUUUUGAUUUAUUGAACCUCCAAGAAAAAUCUUAUCUGAAGAUUUGCAAAAGAAUUUUUUUGUUCUUUUUUUUUUUUUUUAAGUCUUUCAGUUUUCAAUCAAACAUAUAAUGCCGAUGGAGGAACUCUAAAAUUACAAAUAUCAGAAGAAUUUUAGUGGAAUUAACAGUUUUACUGAAAUAAUUUCUGUCAAUCAUUUUUCACAUCAUCUUUUCCAUCAAAUCUUUAUUUAUUAUUUACUUUUUAUUUUGCAUUUUUUUUUCUUUCUUCUCUUCACAUUGUUAUAAAAUGUUUUAAAAUAAUAUGGAAGAAAUAUUUUUGAGAGAUUUUUCCAAUAAAAAUCCAACCUGGAACUUCUUGAAACCAA